UCCUUAAAACAUAGAUUAUUGAUAGGACUUUAUUUGUUUCUUAAGUACAUUCCUUGUUGCUGAAGAUCUCUGUUCUUCCGCCUCUAACAUCACUCCCCUCUAAUUCAUCUUCCAACACUUGCUAACAUAAGAAUGUAAUCACAACACUGUUACCUUGGCACCAUUGUUGGCCAAGAACCUAGCAGCACGAACACCACCGCUCCUGGCACCGAUGACAAACAAAUCAAAAUCAUAGCGAGUCUCAGUGGCUUCCUCCGCCGCCGCGUUACUAAGCUCUCCAUGAUUUCGCAGAAUCAAGAAUCUAAACCGGAGACGAAGAUUGUGCCCAGAUUCGGAUUGUCUGUGGAGAAUAAGGGGGAAGAGAAGAUGGUGAUGAUGAAAGAAAUGCCAGCUGGCGUCGUAGGACCAAAAAGAAAAGUCCUCUAUUAAGUCUUAGGCCAACCAAACAAAAAGAAGAAGAAUAAGAAGCUCGUCUUCAAUAAAUAAGACAAUGAAACGUCAUCUGCAAUUUGGUUUAUUACAUCUAUAUUCUCCAGGAGUUUACUGACGAUUCUGAGAAUGGCCAAGAAACAUUUCUUGCAGCCCCUUCUUCCUGGCUUCCACACUCACUUGACAAUUCCUGUAGCCUUCUUCUCCAAGCAUAUACAAGGAAGAAAUGAUCAGAAGACCACAGCGAAGCUUAGAUCAGACACGUCGGAGAAAACAUGGGAAGUGAAGAAGACAGAAGAUGAGGGCCGGAGACUCACUGAUGGUUGGAAAGAGUUCGCUCUUGCGCACGAUCUUCGAGUUGGUGACGUUCUCAUUUUCAGACUAGAGAAAGAUAUGACUUUCCACGUUACACUAUUUGGACCAAGUUGCUGCGAGAUUCAAUAUGACUCGUCGUGUUUAGCCGACAAGAACAACAUACAAAGGAAAAUUAAUUUAAAGAAGAAGAAUCCAAAAAGAGAAGCAGAGUGUUCUUCUUCAGAUCCCUCUUGUUUCUUAGGGAAUGUCAUGCCUUCGACGCUACGCUAUGACUCACUGAAUCUUCCAAUGAGUUUUGUGAGAGCAAAUGGUCUAGAGACAAGAUGUGGAGAGAUUGUUCUGAUGAAUGAAAAAGGUAGAUCAUGGACUCUAACUUUAAAACCAAGACAAUGUGGAAGAAGUCGCAUCACAGGAGGGUGGAGAGGUUUCUGUAGUGCCAAUGGACUCAAGGCUGGUGAUCUCUUCACUUUCAAACUCAUCAAAAGAGGUGCAACACUGGUUCUUCUACUUAAGUCUCCCUCCCAACAAGAAGAUGAGGGCUCAGAAGCUGAUGAGGAAAUAGAGUCUCUUUCCACAGAAUCUGACAGCCAUGAUGAAGAGAGCAACCAAGAUGAGAAAAGGCGUAUAUCAAUAUGGAAAGCUUCAUCUUCACCAUCCCUAAACAGAUUUGUGACAUUAACUCUUAAACCUUACAAUGUCACAAAGUGUAUACUGUUUCUUCCCAAACCCUUCACAGAUCUACAUGGCAUCACUGUGGGAACGAAAAUGAGUCUACUGGAUAAACAGGGUGUGAAGUGGUGUACGAAACUGCGUUCUGAAGGUAAAAGAAUCAGAAUGGCAGGAGGAUGGAAGGGUUUCUUCAAAGCUAACUGUGUAAAGACAGGUGAAUCAAUCAAGUUGAAGCUGAUUUGGGAAGAUGACACAAGUUGUGUCCUUAAGUUCUACUCCAAGGUGGAGUAGCCAUGGAUAAAAUGGAAACUGUUUCAGCUUUGCUUUAGUACCAAAGACAAACUGAAACAAAUCAAUGUUGCUCUUCUUCUUCUUCUUCUUCUUUUUUUAAGGUAAGAUUUAACAAUGGUUUGCUUGCUUAGUGUGUAUUUUAAGUAUGUUGUAGGAUCUGUGUCAUUUGACUGACCUUGGUCUAGGGUACUAUUAUUUCAUGGAAUCUCAACUUGUCACAAUAA